ACUGGGAGUGGGAGUACUUUUCUCUACCUCACAGAGUCACAGGCUCACGUUAGGUUUCAGAUAAGAGAGAGAUUUGGGGCUUUAACCCAGGACGAGGGUUUCGUCUAAAGAUCGAAGGUUCACAAACCGGAAUUGAAGCGACAAGGGGUGGGCCGGUUGAAUAAGGGGAAUUAAAUCUGGAAUUCGGUCACAGAUCCGUGAAGAUAUGAGCUUUUGGUUGGGUUGAUAUCGGAAGAGCUGCUAAGGGAUCAGGAGACGGAUGAAGUGGGUGAAAUCAAGGUGAUUUUCCUUCAUUUGAUCUUAAAUAUUUUUAAUUUCGUAAUAUAUAUUUUGCAGCAGAAUUGACCUGAAGAGAAUGGAAGUUUGAGAUGAAGCAAGAGAUCUGAUCAUUCCGGUCGUGAUUUUGUCUAUAUUUUGGUUGUCUGAUUAUUGAAGGUGUUGUUGGAGAGAUUGGCAGAUCUGAGCGGGAAAAAUGGCUAGGAGUUCUGAAAAUUGUUAAAACUUCAGCUGAAAUCUUGAGCCUGAGUUCGAUAGACGUGUGGUAGAAGAGAGAUGGGAGACAAGUUCUGGGGCAGUGAAGAAGAAAAGGCCAUUGCUGAAGCUGUUUUGGGUGCUGAAGCCUGUCAGUUCCUGACUUUGCCGGCUCCACGACAUGUUUCGCAAGAUUUGGUUUUGCCGGCUGUUGAGGGGGGUAUGCAGCGGCAGCUCAGCCAGCUUGUUGAAGGUUUAGGUUGGACUUAUGCCAUUUUCUGGCGGGCAUCGAGGUCCAAAUCCGGUGAAAUGACGUUAGUUUGGGGAGAUGGGCACUGCAGAGAACCAAAGGGAGGGGAAAGAGAAGGAGGAAGGGAGGGAAAGGGAUCUUAUGGAGAUUUUGAAUCGCACAAAAGGGUUGGGGGAGAGCAGGAGCAGGAGAUGAGGAAGCGGGUGCUUCAGAAACUUCAUGCGUUCUUCGGAGGAUCGGAGGAUGAUAACUAUGCUGUACGCUUGGAUUCUGUCUCGGACGUGGAGAUGUUCUAUCUCACCUCCAUGUAUUACUCUUUUCCAUACGAUUCACAGGCUGCUCCUGCUCGGUCAUUUGCGUCCAGUAGAUCAAUUUGGGCUUCGGAUGCAAAGAGUUGUUCAGACAAUUACCACUCUAGGUCAUUCCUAGCAAGAUCAGUUGGCUUCCGGACUAUGGUAUGUGUCCCAAUUGAGUCAGGAGUGGUGGAGCUUGGUUCUGUUAAAUCAUUCCCAGAAGAUCAUAAUGUUUUGCAGAGGAUCAAAAAUGUAUUUGGAGGUUCCCGCUCUGUUCAAGCCACUGUGACUCCUAAGAUCUUUGGACAGGAUCUCAAUCUUGGUGGCACGAAAUCCCGCUCGGUUAAUAUAAGCUUCUCCCCAAAGGUGGAAGAAGAUGAAGGUCUUCCCUCAGAAUCUUACAAGGUACAGGCAACGGUCUCCAGACCUGGUAAUACCUUGGUUUUGAAUGCAGAAACAAGUUCUAAUAGAACCUUUGGAACAUUUUCUAAUGGCUGUGGAAGUGAGGGGAACGAAGUGAAACUGUUCCCGCAGACAAGCCAGAUGGUCAUGGGGGGCUUAACUCCUCAAUCCAGAGUUUCAGGCUUGGAAGAGAUUAAGGAUGACCCAUUACCUCGCCCUGAUGAGAGGAGACCUAGAAAAAGAGGUAGAAAACCUGCGAAUGGGAGAGAGGAGCCACUGAACCAUGUGGAAGCAGAGCGGCAGAGACGUGAGAAGCUUAAUCAGCGGUUCUAUGCACUAAGAGCUGUUGUUCCAAAUAUCUCAAAGAUGGACAAGGCAUCAUUGCUUGGAGAUGCCAUUACCUAUAUCACUGAUCUUCAGAUGAAGAUCAGGGUCUUAGAAACUGAAAGGGAGAUGGUGGAUGGUAACCAAAAUCCAUCAAUCAUCCCAGAGAUUGAUGUUCAGACCAGGCACGAGGAUACAGUUGUACGUGUUAGCUGUCCCUUGGAUGCUCACCCAGUUUCUGGAGUCAUAAAAGCAUUUAGGGAAACUCAAGUUAUGGUUCAGGAUUCGAAAGUUUCCACCACAGAUGAUGGAUCGGUUCUUCACACGUUUUCCAUUAGGACCCAAAAUGGUGCCAGUGAACAUUUGAAGGAGAAGCUUGUUGCUGCCCUUUCAAGAUGACCACACUGUAAAUUUGUACUUGUACGAUGAGCUUGAUGCAAUCUCCUUUACUUCUAUGAGCAAUUUAUAGGAAAACUACCAUACCUGAUAGCUGUAUAACUAAUGGUUGUACUACUUCUGUACCACAAAUCUUUGUUGUCCAGCUUUAGAUCAAGAUUUGCAAGCCCUUGCUAUAGAGUAUUGAAAUCAAUGGACAUGUAUGGUUAAUUGGUUAUCUUCUUUUUUUCUUAAGAUGAUACAUGAUACUUUUAUGUAUGACAUAUUCUUGUAUUAAGCAUCUUAUGUUUCUUAGGAUAA